AUGUCUUUAACCUACAUACUACAACCAGAGGAGACAGAUCCCGAGGUGAAGAAAGCUGUAGUCUACGCGACCCGUGUUUUGGAUGCAAACAACAAGUUCCCUGACCAUUUUGAGAAGUCACGAUUUGAUCGGUUCUCCAGUUGGCAUCGUGCAAAGAAGGCUGUUGCUAUAUGUCUGAAGUUCAAGACGAGGCUUCACCAAAGAAAUCCCCAAGGUUUGUCUAAGGUGGUUGACAUUCAUCCAUCACCGAGAGUAAUCAUCCAGGUGUCUGAGAUGAAGAAAGCAGAGAUAGAAAUUCUCAAAAAAGUCCAGUAUGAGCACUUCAAGAAUGAAGUUGAAAUUCUCCAACAGCUCGGAACAAGAGGAGAGUUCACAACGAGAGAGUUAGCUCGGAAACGUAACCAGAGUCUCAAAGCGACUAGUUCUCUCUUCAGACUUGACCCAUUCCUUGACGAUGGUGGUUUGAUUCGAGUAGGUGGACGGAUUGAAAGAGCCAAUGUGUCAUCAGAGUUGAAACAUCCAGUCAUCUUGCCUCGCAAAGAUCACAUCUCUGAGUUAGUGAUAAGGCAUCACCAUGAGAAAGUGCAUCACAUGGGUAGAUGUACUACACACAACGAGAUGCGCCAGAGAGGGUACUGGGUAAUCGGCGGAUCAGCAGCAGUUUCAAGCUACAUCGCUUCAUGUGUAACAUGUCGAAAGCUCCGUAGACCUCUGCAGAAGCAGAAAAUGGCUGAGUUACCAGAGGACCGACUUCAACCUGCGCCCCCGUUUUUGUACUGUGCUGUGGACUAUUUUGGUCCAUUCUUCAUCAGGGAGAGACGAAGCGAAGUGAAACGCUGGGGUGCACUGUUUACCUGUAUGGCGUCCCGAAGUGUCCAUCUAGAAACAGCGAAUUCCCUUACUGCUAGCUCCUUCAUCAACGCCCUGAGUAGAUUUCAAAGCCGAAGAGGGCCCAUCCGUCAGUUGCGCUGUGAUCAAGGAACUACCUUCGUUGGUGCCCGUAAUGAAUUGAAGGAUGCACUAGCAGACAUGGACCAAAACAGAGUAAGAGAGUACCUCCUGGAGUCUGACUGUGAAUGGAUCCCCUUCAAAAUGAACACUCCGCACUCGAGCCACAUGGGUGGUGUAUGGGAGCGGCAGAUAGGCACGGUACGUAGUAUACUUUCAUCUCUUUUCCUGAAGUCUGGAAGUCAGCUGGACGAUGAAGCCUUCCGAACCCUUAUGACCGAGAUAGAAUGCAUCAUUAACUCAAGGCCUCUCACGACUGUCAAUCUGUGUUCUCCAGACGCCCCCGAACCGCUAACUCCAAAUCACUUGCUAACCAUGAAGCCCAAGGUUGUACUGCCCCCGCCCGGAAGAUUCCAGAAGGAAGACGUGUACUCGCACAAGUGGUGGAAAAGAGUACAGUAUCUGGCUAACGAGUUCUGGGUGAGAUGGAGGAAAGAGUUUUUGCACAACCUACAGGAACGCAAGAAGUGGACCAAGCCCGAGCGGAACAUCCAGAAAGGAGACGUUGUCAUAUCCAAGGAGACCGACACAACCCGUAACCAGUGGCCCCUUGCUCGAGUGAUCGAUACUUAUCCUAGUAAAGACGACAAGGUGAGGACCGUCAAGCUGUUGAUGGCAGAUGGUGAACGAGACAGCCAGGGAAGGCGUAAGCGCCCUCCAUCUAUCCUCGAUAGACCAAUUCACAAGUUGGUACUCUUGGUUCCUACCCAGGACAAAUGUCUACUUCAGAAGACCAGAGACGUCCCCGACGAAGAGCCAACACGGACCACUACCUUGACUAAGUGA